AUGCAGAGGCUGAUUCGACUCAGAUCGGCCGCACGCGUCCAUAGGCCACACCCACCCACCUCUGCCAUCUACCCUCAUCUUUGCCGCACCAUGGCUACAGAGAACACCAGCACCCACAAGGACCCCGUCACGGGGGAGAUGAUCUCCAAGCAGGAGCUCAAGCGUCGCGAAAAGGCGCGAGAGAAGGAGGCCAAGAAGGCCGAAAAGGCUGCCGCCGCCCCGCCUAAGCCUGUAAUCUCGAAGAGCGCCGCCCAGGAGGAAGAGGAGCUCAACCCUAACCAAUACUACGAGAUUCGCUCGCGCAACAUCCUCAAGCUGAAGGAGACUCAGUCCCCCAACCCCUACCCCCACAAGUUCCAUGUCACCUCCUCCAUCACCCGCUAUAUCGACCAGUACGGUUCCGAAGGCAAGAUCGCCCCCGGCCAGAAGCUCGAAGGAACUACUGAGGCUCUUGCUGGCCGCAUACAUAACGUCCGCACCUCGGGUCAAAACCUCAAGUUCUACGACCUGCAUGGUGAGGGUGUCAAGGUCCAGAUCAUGGCCACCAAGCAGGACGCGAAGGAGCCUGAGGGGUUCGUAGGCGCCCACGAGCACUUCCGUCGCGGAGAUAUCGUCGGUGUCAUCGGCACACCCUCUCGUACGAAGAAGGGCGAGCUUUCCAUAACCCCUUCCGAGAUGAUCCUCCUCGCUCCCAACCUGCACCAGCUCCCAUCGAGUCAUUUUGGUCUCAAGGACCAGGAAACGCGCUACCGCAAGCGCUACCUUGACCUUAUCCUCAACGACGAGACGCGCCGCAUCUUCGUUACGCGCAGCAAAAUCAUCAACUACAUGCGCCGGUUCUUCGAUAACCUUGGCUUCCUCGAAGUGGAGACGCCCAUGAUGAGCAUGAUCGCUGGUGGCGCAACUGCCAAGCCGUUCAUCACGCACCACAACGACCUCGACCUCGACCUUUACCUGCGUAUCGCGCCGGAGCUCUACUUGAAGGAGCUCGUCGUGGGCGGCCUCGACCGCGUGUAUGAGAUUGGGCGCGUGUUCCGCAACGAAGGCAUCGACUUGACGCAUAACCCAGAGUUCUCGAUCUGCGAGUUUUACAUGGCCUACGCGGACAUGUACGACGUCAUGGAUAUAACCGAGGGCCUCGUCGAGGGCCUCGUCAAGCACCUCAACGGCGGGGAGACGACACUCCAGUUCCACCCCGAGGGCAAGGGUAGCGACAAGGUGUACGAGCUUGACUUCCGGCGGCCAUGGAAGCGGUACGACAUGAUCGAGACGCUCGAGGAAAAGCUCGGGGUCAAGUUCCCUCCAGGGGAGACGCUGCACACCGUUGAGGCAAACAAGUUCCUCCGCGAUGUUUGUCAAAAGCACAACGUGGACUGCAGCGAGCCGCGAACAAACGCACGGCUUCUGGACAAGCUCGUCGGGGAGUUCAUCGAGCCGCUGUGCAUCUCGCCGGCGUUCAUCACGGGCCAUCCGCAGGUGAUGUCGCCGCUGGCCAAGUACCACCGCUCGCGGCCCGGGCUGUGCGAACGGUUUGAGGGUUUCAUGUGCGGGAAGGAGUUCUGCAACGCCUACACGGAGCUGAACGAUCCGUUCGAGCAACGGCUCCGGUUCGAGGAGCAGGUGCGGCAGAAGGAGCAGGGCGACGACGAAGCGCAGGGGAUUGACGAGACCUUUGUCGACGCGCUCGAGCAUGGUCUGCCGCCGACCGGUGGAUGGGGCAUCGGCAUUGACCGUCUGGUGAUGUUCCUCACCGACUCGCAGAACAUCAAGGAGGUGCUGCUGUUCCCGGCGAUGAAGCCAAACGUGGACUCGACGGACAAGGCCGUGGCGACCGGGGGGCAGGUAUAG